CAGCAAUCCAACGAGUCGAAGCAUGCCAACGGGCGCGGAUGGGAUCGUCGACCUCGACGGUCAUGCGGACGAGGGGAUGAAGCGCAAGAAGCGCAAGUCCAAGCUCCGGCCGCAGACGAUCGAGGAGGUCUUCUCGUCGGUCUCGACGCAAAAGGCGAAUGGCAUCAACCCGCCGCCCGAGAAGAUCGUGCUCUCGCCGCGGUCGGCCGAGGCCUGUCUGCGCACGGGCGUGAACCCCGAGACGCUCAAGAUCCGGGACCUCGAGUCGUUCGAGGUCGCGGGCGUGAGCCCUGCCGUGCAAAAGAUGCGUCACGAGGCCUACAGCAUGCGCCGGCACGACCAAAUGAAGCUGGUCCGCGCGGAGAAGAAGGUGAUCUUGGCCGACGAGGACGCGAGCAGCGAGGCCGUGCCAGGCAGCCACCGGUCGCCGUCCAACUCGCCACCGAAAAAGUCGGAUUCGCAGUCGAGUAUGAUCGAUCUCGAGAAGCGCCGGCUCGAGAAGGUCCAGUUCCGGCAGCAGCGCGAGAUUGAGCAAAUGCUCGAGUUUGAAAUGAAAAUGAACCGCCUCCAAGAAGAGGCCGCGCAAAAGGUCUUGCGCGAGAAGCAACUCCACGACCAGAUCGAGCACGACAAGGCGCUGCGCGUGAAGGAGCUCGCCGAGGCGAAGCGGCUCAAGGAGAUCCAGAAAAAGGCGCAGGAAGACGCCGCAGAGGAGCGCCGGCGCCAGAUUGCAGCCCAAAUGUUCCAGCGCGACAAGGAGCUCGCCGAGCAAAAGGCGCGGCAAGAGCGGCUCCGGAGGAUCGAGACCAAGCUUCGCGAGGAAGAGCGCCAGAAGAAAGCCGAGGAGCACAAGCAAAAGACCGAAGCGAUUCUUGCCAAGCAGCAGAGCGAGAUCCAAGCGCGGCUCGAGGAGCUCACGGUCGCCGAAGAGACGCGCCAGCGCAUGCUGGAGGAGCAGCAGGAACAGCGCAUGCGUGACAUGGAGGAGCGCCGGGAGAUGGUCGCCGCGCGCAUCGACAGCAACCUCCGCCAAGCGCGCCGCGUCGAGAAGCAGCGGAAGCGCGAAAUUCAAAUGAAGCAGCGCCAGAGUGAGCAACAGCGGGCCCAGGUGAAAGCCGAGCAGGAGCGCCAGCGCGAACUCGCCAAACAAGAAAUGGAGCUCAUGGAGCGGAAGCGGCAGCUGGUGCUGGAAGACGCACGGCGCGAGGAGGAGCGCAAGAAGGCCGAGCUUCUCGAGCGGCAGCGCGAGGUCGACGAGAACGUCCAGAACGUCCAGGAAGCGCACUACCGUGCGCUGCAGCUCAAGCGCGAGCAGCGGCAGAUCCAGAAGCAGCUCAAACUCAGCAACGUCGACCGCAUGAAGCGCAUCCAAGAGUACAAGCGGCUCGAGACGUUGCGCAAGAUUCGGGAGGCCGAAGAGCGCACGGAGGCCAUGAUCCAGCAAAAGGUCGAGCUCAUUCGGCAGCGCAAGGAAGCGUCCGUGCGCUCCAAGAUCCAGCGCGACACGAUUGUGCAGACGAUGGAGAACGUCAAAGUCACCAAAAAGUGGAAAAAGGCUUCAAAAACCAUCGACAAGGUGCUCGGCAUCAAGAAGCCGUCGCGCAACCAACGCCCGCAGUCGAGCGAGACGCUGCCGCGUAGCCGGAGUGCCGCCGAGCUGCCCCAGCUGCGCGCCAAGACACCACCGAGUGCCGUGGGCAAUUCGAGCAAGAACAUGCGACCAGCGUCGCCACCACCGACCAAGACGGCCUUUCGACACAUCCAAGAAACCGAGGCGCGACCGGUCGACCCCUCGCCGUUCCGAUCGCCGUACGACGAAGUGCCCCACUUGAUACAGAAGAAGCUCAAGCAGUCGAGGCACACGGAGUCGUCCGUGUUUUAAUUUAACACCCGUCGUUUGCAAUAGAAACCCUACAGCAUCAAAG